GAUUGUGACGUAGGCGUGCUCCGCGCGCAUGCGCUCUCGGCGGCGAAUCGGCGGUUUCCGGUUCCGCUGCCCUCUUUCUCUUCAACGAGGCGAGGGAGCUGCAGACGCAGAGAUGCAGAUCUUUGUGAAGACCCUGACGGGGAAGACCAUCACCCUUGAGGUCGAACCCAGUGACACCAUCGAGAAUGUCAAAGCCAAAAUCCAAGACAAGGAGGGCAUCCCACCUGACCAGCAGCGUCUGAUAUUUGCGGGCAAACAGCUGGAGGAUGGCCGCACUCUUUCGGAUUACAACAUCCAGAAAGAGUCCACCCUGCACCUGGUGCUCCGUCUGCGAGGCGGCAUCAUCGAGCCUUCCCUCCGCCAGCUCGCCCAGAAGUACAACUGCGACAAGAUGAUCUGCCGCAAGUGUUAUGCUCGCCUGCACCCCCGUGCUGUCAACUGCCGCAAGAAGAAGUGCGGCCACACCAACAACCUGCGCCCCAAGAAGAAGGUCAAAUGAGGCCCCUCCACGGGCGGCUCCUCCUUCCCCACAGGGCAGCCUCCUGCCCUGGCCCUGCGGCCCUAAUAAAGUCUCCCUUUAGUUGGCUGAAGCAGUAA